AUGUAUUUGAACGGAAGUAUCGACUACGCCGAGAAGAAUAAGAAGAAAACAAAAGGGAAAUUGUUAUGGAAAGGAGCCCAGCACAAGGCCAUCUCCCGACACGUCGAAGCCUUCCCGCCUGCCUUCCCAAAAGCGGAAAAACACGGAAAAAAGGUGGCGCAGAGAGAAGGGAACAAAGAGAACCGGUCCGAGGCGGAUGUCUCGGAGGUCCAGGGAGAGGUGAAGCGAAGAAGCGUGUUUGAGAAGGCCGUCUAUGACCUGAAGCACUGCGAGAGGGUGAUGGACGAGGUGACCUUCGGGCGCAGGGUGUCUCUUUAUGAGCUACGAGGGGAGAUCGGGUCUGGAAACUUCUCCCAGGUCCGACUCGGGAUACACGACCUGACCAAUGAGAGGGUGGCGGUGAAAAUCCUGGACAAGGCACGUUUUGAGAAGCAGAGCCAGGAAUUGUUCCACUCGGAGAUCUCUUGCAUGCAGAAGCUGGCCCAUCCGAACGUUGUGCGCUUGUAUGAGGUGGUGGAGACCUUCAAGAGACUCUACCUGGUGAUGGAGUAUGCAGACGGAGGAGAGCUUUUCUCCCACAUCUGCACCAGUGGGCGCCUCUCAGACCUUGAGAGCAAGCUCACUUUCGCCCAGGUGCUGUCUGCAGUCAAACACAUGCACGACAGCGACAUCGUCCACCGGGACCUAAAGGCCGAGAACGUCUUCUUCACGGCCAGCCGCUGCGUCAAGGUGGGCGAUUUCGGCUUCAGCACCGCCUGCGGCCGCGGCGACGCCCUGGCCACCCCCUGCGGCUCCCCUCCCUACGCCGCCCCAGAGCUCUUCGGACAGAAGGCCUACGUGGGCCAGAGCGCCGACGUCUGGGCCCUGGGCGUGCUGCUCUACUUCAUGGUGAGCGGCGCCCUGCCGUUCGCCGGCACCAACCUGCACACGCUGCGCAGCUCCAUCCUGCUCGGGGGCUUCGCCGUGCCGGCCCACGUGCCCCGGCCCUGCCAAAGACUCCUCACCGACAUCCUGAGGCGGGUGCCGGCGGACCGGCCGACCGUGGAGCAGAUCAUGGCCUGUGAUUGGCUGCGGGGGGUGGAGUACCCGCGGGCCUUCCCGCCGCCGGGCCUCACGCCGGGACACCUGGCCGACGCCUCCCGCGUGCUGAGCGCCGACGAGACGGACGCCAAGGCGGCUCUGGCGGCACUGGGCGUCACGGAGCUCCACCUCCUCCGUGACCGCAGCCCGGAGCUGCGGGGCGCCAUCACGGGGACCUACAGGGUGCUGCACCACCGCAUCCAGAAGAGGAGGUCCGCGGAGGCCCUGGGGUACCACGGCGUCAGGUCCCACGUGUCGCUGGGCGGAUUGGGGCAGGAGCGCGUCGACGCCGGGGGCGGGGGCGGCCGGUGGCUCACGGUGGUCUGUGUGAUCAUGUAG